UAAUCCAAAUCAUUGGCGCGCCAAUGUGAGCACCAAGCAAGCAUCUGUGGACAGAGAAGGCUUGUACGAGUACAACGUUUGCGAGUGUGUAAGAGUCUGCAGCUCGAGCCAGUGUCCGGCGUAGUGUUUUGUCUUGUUCGUUGGAAAUGGCAGAAUCCAGGAAACGAGCCAGACUAACUCAGUCUAAACUCAACUUCUCCCAGCCUUCACGAUCACCUGCGAAGCGUGGAGAUCCCGAGAAAGGCGGAACCAGUAUAUCGGCGGAAGACCUUGAACGCUUGGUCAAUGACACUGUGUACUACCUCUUGAUCUCCGACCAGCACAAGGAGGCCAUCAAAAGGAAAGACAUACAGAAGCAUGUUCUGAACAACAGUGGAAAAGUAAUGCGCACUGUGCUGGCUUCAGCGAAGGAGAAACUCCAGGAUGUGUUUGGCUUUGAAUUGGUAGAGCUUGAUGACAAACAAGGCUCUGUCAUACUUGUCAGAAAAGUUGACCUUUCCGAGUUUAGUCAAUUCCUGAAAAGAAGUGAUAAAGACCUUGCAAGACAAGGUCUCAUAACGCUUGUCUUGGCUCUUAUUCUCAUGAAUGAUGGAGUCAUUCGCGAAGAUUCACUUUGGAAAAUGCUGAAGCCCUAUAGCCUUGACCCGAACUUGUCGGAUUCUGCUUUUGGUGACAUGAGGAAGCUGAUCUGCGUAGAGCUUGUCAAGCAAGCGUACCUUGAGCAGUCCGUGGUUCUUGGGUCUGAUCCACCAUUGAAUCAGUACCGGUGGGGCGUGCGUGCAAAGAAGGAAUUCUCGAAGCGUUCUGUCCUCGAAAUAGUCUGCAAGGUUAUGGGCCAAGGGACACGUGCAGAGCACUGGGCAUCAGUGUACGACGAAGUAGUGCGUUCCGAGCAAGCCAACUGACAAGGAACCUGAUGUUAACCUCCCACAUUGGUCAUCAUAUAAUUCAUUGUAUCAUUACUUAUCUUUCUUUCUUUUUUCACAGUUUGGGAGGAAGGCAGUGUAAAUUUUUCUACGGUGCAGACAACAAAAAGUUAGGGAGAGAAACAGGUACAUCGCUUGGGGUGUCUGUUUCUAUUCUUUCAGCAGACUAGUGAACAUUAGGAAACAAAGAAGGCCAAUGUACAGACAUAGAUGGAGCUCUUUGGCCAUUUGUUCUUUCCUGGUUCUUUCCGAGCGAGUACUGGUCUGUUGAAAGGACGCAGACACCUUAAGUGCCAUGCCACAGAGGUGCAGUAAUUAUUGGCAAACUAGCGUUUCUUGAUCUUUUUGUUAUACUAUAAUUUCAAUUUGGUUGCAUAUAUGUAAUGUAAAGAUUGUUUGUAUUUUGUGUCUUCACCCAUUACUUAUUUUGUGAGCCAGACUGCUAUAUUCUGGAAUGAGCUGUUUCGCAAUAAGGCUUGCACCUAAAAAAAGUUCAUCUCAGGUUUAGUCAUAAUUUUCUUUUUAAUUUUUGCUUCACACACAAAAAGUUACUGUGAUAUGUACAUACUUCACUGACUUUGUAUGCGGGGUUGCUUGAUGAUGAACGUCCUUCUGUAAAUAAUAAAGCUGUGUAAAUGUUGCA